CUCGUAACGGACACGACUUCGUACGAGGAAGAACGAAUAGCUAGACUAGAGUGGCAAAGGUUGUGAUCCAUCAUCCAUAGUUUCUGCGAAUAUUGGAUCUUUGCUCGUGGUAAACAAUGUGGCGUUCUGCUUUGUGUGUCAGAUCAUGGCCAGCACUGACCAAUUCUGCUAGAUGUCUGCCCAAAAUAACGACAGUGAAACAAUACUGUGAAGCAGCGCCAGAAAAGAUUGAAGUUUUUGUGGAUGAUCAGAAGGUGUUGGUGGAUCCUGGUACUACUAUACUUCAGGCAUGUGCAAUGGUGGGAGCACAAAUUCCAAGAUACUGCUACCAUGACCGUUUGUCUGUUGCUGGGAACUGUCGGAUGUGUUUAGUGGAGGUUGAGAAAUCUCCAAAGCCAGUUGCUGCUUGUGCGAUGCCGGUAAUGAAAGGCUCGAGGAUUAAAACCAACUCAGAGAUGACAAGAAAAGCCAGGGAAGGUGUUAUGGAGUUUCUGCUUGUGAACCACCCUCUUGAUUGCCCUAUCUGCGAUCAAGGAGGAGAAUGCGACCUGCAGGAUCAGUCCAUGGCAUUUGGAAAUGAUAGGAGUCGUUUCGUGGACAAUGAUUUCUCUGGGAAAAGAGCUGUUGAGGACAAAAACAUCGGACCUCUUGUUAAAACAAUCAUGACAAGAUGUAUCCAUUGUACAAGAUGUAUCAGAUUUGCAAGCGAGGUCGCUGGUGUGGACGAAUUAGGUACGACAGGACGUGGUGGUGAUAUGCAAGUCGGAACCUACAUUGAAAAGAUGUUCAAGUCUGAGAUGUCUGGAAAUGUGAUAGAUCUUUGCCCUGUUGGUGCUUUAACCUCCAAGCCAUACGCGUUCACUGCUAGGCCAUGGGAAACAAGAAAAACCGAGUCGAUUGACGUUCUUGAUGCAGUUGGAAGCAACAUCGUCGUAAGCACACGAUCAGGUGAAGUCAUGAGAAUUCUGCCCAGAAUGAACGAGGAUAUUAAUGAGGAAUGGAUCUCUGAUAAGACCAGGUUUGCGUAUGAUGGUUUAAAACGCCAACGUUUGACAACGCCAAUGGUGAAAGAUGAUAGUGGAAAUUUAACAUCGUGUACUUGGGAGGAUGCGCUAUUGGCUGUCGCCCAGAAACUUCAGGUUGUGCAAGGUGACGAGAUGGGAGCAGUCGUUGGUGGCCUCGCUGAUGCAGAAUCUUUGGUCGCUUUAAAAGAUUUGUUCAAUCGAUAUGACAGUGAAGCGUUAUUUACGGAGGAGUAUUUUCCUAUGGAUGGCGCCGGAACUGAUUUCCGUUCAAGUUACAUCAUGAAUACUACGAUCAGCGGCAUUGAAGAGGCUGAUGCUGUUGUUGUAAUUGGUUCUAAUCCAAGAUACGAAGCGCCUCUUAUCAACAGUCGAAUACGUAAAGCAUGGUUGCAUAAUGAUCUACAAGUGGCCGUAGUUGGACCUCAACUAGAUCUAACAUAUACAUACGAGCAUUUAGGUGAAUCGCCAAGAUCACUUGAGGAUAUUAUAAACGGAAAACAUCCAUUUUCAAAAGUGUUAUCUAAUGCGAAAAGACCCAUGGUAAUUGUCGGUAGUUCUAUACUACAGCGACAGGAUGGUGCCAGUAUUUACGACCUGGUCUUCUCGUUGGCCAAUAAAUUAAAAGCUUCGCAGCAUGUUUCGUCUGACUGGAGGACACUAAAUAUAAUGCAUAGAAUGGCAAGUCAGGUAGCAGCUUUAGAUGUUGGAUAUAAACCUCAACUGGAUCUGUCAAGCUCACUCAAGUUCUUAUAUCUUCUUGGAGCUGAUAUCGGUACAGUAAAUACAGAUAGGUUACCUAAAGAUUGUUUCGUCGUGUAUCAAGGUCAUCAUGGUGAUCACGGUGCGCAUAUGGCUGACGUUAUAUUACCGGCUGCCGCCUACACUGAAAAGGUGGCAACAUAUGUGAAUACUGAAGGAAGGGCGCAGCAAACAAGGCGUGCUGUAUCUCCUCCUGGUCUUGCCAGAGAUGACUGGAAGAUAAUAAGAGCACUUUCAGAGAUAUGUGGAGAUCCAUUACCGUAUGACACACUAAAUGAUAUGCGAAGUCGAAUGACCGAAGUUGCUCCGAACCUCACCCGAUAUGGCGAUGUGGAAGAGGCAAACUAUUUUUCACUCACUAAAGAACUACUAAAGGGUAAUAAACCAUCAGAUAAAGCUCUUAUUCCUCCUAUCCUAAAUUUGGAAGAUUUCUACAUGACCGACCCCAUCAGUCGUGCCUCUCAGACGAUGGCAAAAUGUUCAAAAGCAGUGAAAACAAUGGCUUAAUUACGGCGAAAUACAAUAUCCUUAAUUGCCUCCAAGUUUGCCCAAAUGAUCAACGCCGGCGAACGAGUUGAACAAUAGAAGGUUCGCCAUUCAUGCUGUUACCGGUGGUUAAAGUUUGCGAACAUUUUCUCUGUUUGUAUAUUUCUAUUUAAUAUGUUCAGACUCACGACAAUUUUAUACCUAAAAAUUAAUGAUGUAUCUAUGAAUGUGUUAAAAUAAAGUUUAAAUUCUAUAUA